GUCAACACCCUGCGCUGCCAGAUCGGAGACCGCCUCAACGUGGAGGUGGACGCGGCCCCCACCGUGGACCUGAACCGCGUGCUCAAUGAGACCAGGAGUCAGUAUGAGGCCCUGGUGGAGACCAACCGCAGGGACGUGGAGGAAUGGUUCACCACCCAGACCGAGGAGCUGAACAAGCAGGUGGUGUCCAGUGCAGAGCAGCUGCAGUCCUGCCAGGCGGAGAUCAUUGAGCUGCGACGCACAGUCAACGCCCUGGAGAUCGAGCUGCAGGCCCAGCACAACCUGAGGAACUCCCUGGAGAACACGCUGACGGAGACCGAGGCGCGCUACAGCUCCCAGCUGUCCCAGGUGCAGCGCAUGAUCACCAACGUGGAGUCCCAGCUGGCCGAGAUCAGGAGUGACCUGGAGCGGCAGAACCAGGAGUACCAGGUGCU